UGGUGCGGCCAGGUAGGUAGUGUGGCUCGGUUACCCCUCCGAGCCGGCGGAACGACCUGCAGGAGGUCUGCGGAGGGCCCGGCCAUGCCCACUCGGGCGGAGGACUACGAGGUGUUGUACACCAUCGGCACGGGCUCCUACGGCCGCUGCCAGAAGAUCCGGAGGAAGAGCGACGGCAAGAUAUUAGUUUGGAAAGAACUUGACUAUGGCUCCAUGACAGAAGCUGAGAAACAGAUGCUUGUUUCUGAAGUGAAUUUACUCCGUGAACUGAAACAUCCAAACAUCGUCCGUUACUAUGAUCGAAUUAUUGACCGAACCAACACAACACUGUACAUUGUAAUGGAAUAUUGUGAAGGAGGGGACCUGGCUAGUGUAAUUACAAAGGGAACAAAGGAAAGACAAUACUUAGAUGAAGAGUUUGUUCUUCGAGUGAUGACUCAGUUGACUCUGGCCCUAAAAGAAUGCCACAGACGGAGUGAUGGUGGUCAUACCGUGCUGCAUCGGGAUUUGAAACCAGCCAACGUUUUCCUGGAUGGAAAGCAAAACGUUAAGCUUGGCGACUUUGGGCUAGCUAGAAUAUUAAACCAUGAUACGAGUUUUGCAAAAACAUUUGUUGGCACACCCUAUUAUAUGUCUCCUGAACAAAUGAGUCGCAUGUCCUACAAUGAGAAAUCGGAUAUCUGGUCGCUGGGUUGUUUGCUGUAUGAAUUAUGUGCAUUAAUGCCUCCAUUUACAGCUUUCAACCAGAAAGAACUAGCUGGCAAGAUUAGAGAAGGCAAAUUCAGGCGAAUUCCCUAUCGUUACUCUGAUGAAUUGAAUGACAUUAUUACGAGGAUGUUAAAUUUGAAGGAUUACCACCGACCUUCUGUUGAAGAAAUUCUCGAGAAUCCUCUGAUAGCAGACCUGGUUGCAGAAGAGCAAAGAAGAAAUCUCGAGAGAAGAGGGCGCCGAUUAGAGCCAGAGAAGCGCCAGGACUCCAGCCCGGUCUUGGGAGAGCUCAGACUGAAGGAGCUUCAGCUGCAGGAGCGAGAGCGGGCCCUCCAAGCCCGAGAGGAGAGGCUGGAGCAGAAGGAACGGGAGCUCUGUGUUCGGGAGAGACUGGCAGAGGACAAGCUGGCGCGGGCAGAGAGUCUGCUGAAGAACUACAGUCUGCUGAAGGAGCAGAAGUUCCUGCGUCUGGCGAGCGGUCCAGAACUUUUCGAUCUUCCAUCCUCGAUAAUUAAGAAGAAAGUUCAUUUCAGUGGCGAAAGUAAAGAGAACGUCAUGAGGAGUGAGAAUUCUGAGAGUCUGCUCACCUCCAAAUCCAAGUGCAAAGACCUGAAGAAAAGGCUUCAUGCUGCUCAGCUCCGCGCCCAAGCCUUGUCAGAUAUUGAAAAAAAUUACCAGCUGAAAAGCAGACAGAUUCUGGGCAUGCGCUAGCCCAGAGAGAGCCCCAGAGCUGUGUAUAGUAUGUAGCCUUGCUACCUUUUAAAGAUUGAUAUUCAACUUCUGUAGCUUUACAUACUCGGUUCCAUGAGCCAUGCCUUUCUGUAUAGUGAGCAAGAUAUUUUAGGAUUACUUUGGUUGUUCUUCUGCAACAAUUGUACAAAAUGUACACACCUUUAAUUUUUCUUUCUUUAUAGAAAGAAUGACAUUUUCUUGGUGGGUUGGGCUUUUAAUCCUGUGUGUGAUUACUACUGGAACAUGAAAUAGGACAUUCUAAAGGUUGGGGGGAAAUAAUGUUAGGAAAAAAAAAUAGCCAGGCGUAGCACUUGGUGAGAAGUUUUAAAUGACUGAGUGGUGUUCUGACAGUUGUCGUGCCUCGUUGUAAGGUUUUAGAUGUUCUUGAGCUUACAAAACCUAAUUGGAUACAAACCGGCCACUAAUACUGUGAACCUCUUGCUUGUAAGUGUCCCACUGGUCUGCAGUGGAAAUGUGUCCCCUUUUGUGAAAUUCAUCACUGUGAUGUCUAUGUUCUUCCUUUUUAUUCUAUUUAAGAGUGUUUCAGCUGGCUGUCGUUUACCACCUGUUUCUCCUAAAUAAAAAAUGCUUUAGUUUUCCUAUA